UACGUGUCAAAUUUUCCUUCCGAACCGCAUUUUCCUUCCCGUCAUGCACUGUAAACAACAUGGCUGACUUAGGAUCUUAGUUGAAAACUCGGCCGGUGUACGUCGGAAAAUUCCCUCAUUUAUGCGGUUUGCUCGAAAUCUUUGCAUCUAAACACAUCACCGAUAGCAGCGAGCUAAUUGUAGAGCAUGAAGACGCUACAGAUGGCCCUGACAGGGGCCCUGCACCACCAAAACAAAGGGGCUUCCGACUGGGGAUGGCCGGGCCUGCUGGCGUAUGGCUGCCAGAACUUUGUUGUAGUGGUGGAUACUCGUACUGUGCAGGUCAUUCAGACCCUUGACAGACACAAGACCAAUGUUGUCAAGGUAAAGUGGGCACGUGAGAACUACCACCAUGACCUGAACCUCCCAUACACUCUGCGACUAGCCUCGGCUGACUCUCAUGGCAGGAUUGUGGUAUGGGAUGUCAGCCAGGGGCUCAUACGUGCAGACUUCUAUGAUGGGACCAAACCUGUUCAGGAUUUGGAAUGGCUGUCCACCCAGGAUGCCUGUCCCACAUUGCUGGCAGCCAUCCACCCUCCCAGCUCGGUGGUGCUGUGGAAUGCUGACACUGGAACAAAACUCUGGAAAAAGAACUUCAACGAGACUCUGCUUUCAUUCGCCUUCGACCCCUUCAACCCUGCCAACAUGACCUUACUGGCCAAUGACUGUAUCCUGUUUGUGAGUGACUUCAUGACAUCCAGACCUCCAUCAGGAACAGGUCGUCGGUUCUACAUCUCUAACCCUUCCAGCCCUGUCCACUCUGGGGCAGCAGAGGGGGGGAGGUCGUCAGAGCGCAGGACAGGGGGGCGCUCAGCGCUGAGGAGAAACUUUAAACUGCUGGUGGGAGAUGUCAAGGACAGUACUAACAAAGAGCUCCUUGACAGUGUGUUCCCCACGUCCAAGGGAGGGGAGGACACGGUGACGCUGAACGAGUGUCUCCAGCUGAUGUACCUCCGGUCCUGCCGGAACCACCUCCUCCUCGUCUACUCCAAGGAACUGCUCAUCCUGGACCUGGAGAUUAAACAGACAGUCGGCAUAGUUGCUAUAGAGAGGAGUGGGUCGCCUUUUUUACAGGUGAUAGCUUGCAGACAGAGGGAUGCACUGCUGUGUCUUCAUGAGAAUGGCAGUGUGACAGUUCGUGUGCGGAGAAAAGUUGUCAUGGGGCCAUUCUCAACACCAGUGGACCAGAUUGGCAACAUGGCCUCCCAGCAGACAGGUGACUUGAGCCCAUUGGGUGAGCAGGACGUCACAUACGAGCUGCGCUGUCAGUCCGAAGCUCUCCGCAUCACCAAGCACAUACGGAUCUCAGGCAUGGCGGCCUGCCCCGUGAACGAGCGCUCCGUGGCCGUCUUUGUGAACGAUGGCCGUAUCAUGUUUUGGAACCUUACUACCAUCCCUGCUGUAGUACAGGCCAGAGACACUCCUAACCACACACAGACACACCUGUCACCGCUGCACUCCCCAGGCUUUUCUCUCAGUGACAGUGGGAGUGAUCCCUACAAGUAUCCUUCUUCCUCCAGUUCCAGUGAGGCCUCUACAGCCGCUGCCUCACCUGCAAAAACUGCCAAAAUCUGCUCCGUGCCAAGAAUGUGCAAUGUCCCACAUACAAAGAUGGCAAUAUGUGACAUGAUUGGUCAGACUUAUGGCCCAACAGAACCCAGCGUGGACAGACAAGGGUACGUGUUCAGAUUCACCCUGCAGGGGCUGUUGAGUGGACUGCCACUACCCCCCACAAUCAUCAAAAUGUGUCCACCUCUAACAACAAAGAACUGGAAUGUGUACAGACCACUGCUGGCAGUUGGUUCUUCCCAUGGUCUUGUCCAGGUGUACAACCUGUCCAGUGGGCUGCUAUGGAGGGAGUUUAACAUCCACACUUGUCAAGUAAGGGGGCUGGAGUGGACAAGUCUGACCAGUUUCCUGUCCUUCGCCUACCCGUCACCUGGUCAGUCUGGGCUGGUCAAGAAUGAACUGCUGCUGGUCAAUCUGCAAACAGGCUCCAGUGAACUGUUUCGGGGAGACAAAGGGAAUGAUGAGUCACCUAUAGAGAUCGUCCGGAUCUCACAUCUCAAACAAUAUGCCAUCAUUGUUUUCAAGGACAAGCCCAGACUCUGGGAUAUCAGAAGCCAAACUCUUCUGAGGGAAAUGCCUAAAAACUUCCCAACAAUCUCUGCACUGGAGUGGUCACCUUCUAACAACCUGAAAAGCUUGAAGAAGAAGCUAUCCCAGGAUCCCACAAGUGCAGCUGCCUCCCCAACAGUGGAGUUGCUGCCUACUAUCGGUACUGAGACUAAGACACAAACAGAUAGCAAAAAGUUGGCAAACCUGACAGUGCGGGAGCAUUUCGUGUUCACCGACUCAGAUGGGCAGUUGUACCACUUCAUGGUGGAGGGGAACAUUGUCAAGGAUGGCUCAAAGAUACCUCCUGAUGGAACAAUGGGAGCCAUCACCUGCAUAGCCUGGAAGGGUGAUACCAUGGUCCUGGGGGAUGUGGAUGGGAAUAUCAACAUUUGGGACCUGAAGGCAAAGAUAUCCAGAGCUGUACCCACACAUCGUGGUUGGAUCAAGAAACUGAAGUUUGCUCCUGGCCGUGGCAACCAGAAAAUCCUAGUUCUGUACAACGACGGGGCAGAGGUGUGGGAUGCUAAGGAGGUUGAAAUGGUGAGCUCAGUGAAGUGUCCCCGUGACAUGGCGAAGGUUAUUGAUAUUGAC